CCAUUUAUAAUUGACAACACACCGCCUGAGUACAACACAAUUCCAUCCGUCGAAAUUGACGAUAAGUUCAUAAAUAUUUCUUGGUCAAACGAUACAUUUUAUGACAAUGAACAAAGAUCACCAAUACAGACAAUCUUUUUCCAGUUUGCUGCCAUCAAAUUAUCCACCUGGAAAAGGUCACGUUGUUGACAUUGAUCCGGACUUCAUCGAUAUAUUUAAUAAGGAUGACGUUGCCAUUCAUUUUACUCCACAUAAACUGUAUGCACAUUGGCAUGGCUUUCAUCAUCACGAAAACAUAUCGUACACAAUUGGCAUCGGGUCUAAUAAAAGCAGUGCCGAUAUUGUUGGUUUUAUUGCGUCUACAAAUACAUCUUUUGCAUGUAUUUACUCGAAGAAAAUUUUACCAGACACUUUGUAUUAUUUUCAUGUCAAAGCAUCUUGUAGUGGAGGAACAAUCAGCUCAAUCUCUAAUGGCGUAGUAUUGAUUGACUAUUCGUUACAAAUAUAUGACAUUCAACAUGGACUGAGUAAUUCGCCAUGCCAUGCAUUAAAUUACGUUACAACAUAUAUUAACGGCCAAAGUCAAAUCUGUCUGGUGUCUUCAGUCUUUAUUGGGCGUACCUAUAUUGUUCACUUACAAAACACGGAUAUAACGUCAAUGGCAUUUCAAAUUCCGGGGAAACUACUUAUGAUUGAUAGAACAAACAACGAGACACGCGCGACAUUUAUAACUUAUGUGGAAAACCCAUGUUUGACAAUAGUGUAUUCUCCAACACCAGUGUCUGUUUUGGCUUUCGAAACCGAAUUCAAAUGACAGUUAUAUAAAUGGACAUGAUCGUGUUAGUCUCAGAUAUGCAUUUCCGGAUAUAAUGACACAUAUUGAAGGAUAUGUUCAAUAUUCUAUCAUUAAGCGAACCUGUUAUGGAAUUAGUAACACUAGCUGCAUAGAAAGAACACGCCCGUUUCAGACAUUGACUGACAACACUGUCAAUGAACUACAGAAAAAUUAUCAGUAUCGAUCAGCAAUCCGGAUUUGCAACCAACACCGAUGUUCAAGUACUAAAGAGUCUCGAUCGGUUGAUGUUGACUUCGACAUUCCUUUUGGAGAAAUAUAUUUAGCGCAAAUAGAGGAAUACAUAGAUGUCAAAGGUUAUAAACUUACUACAGAAUGGAAACAGUUCAAUGCAACAAGUGGAAUCGCUCUUUACAAAUGGUUCGUUAGCGAUGACAUGGAAUGCAUGAAACACAUCACCAACUUGAGCACUGUUUCUUUGGAUAAACACAAUUUAGAAAUCAUAAAUAUUAUCGAAACAGUAGAAUUACCAGUAAAUAAAUUUCGAUCAUUGUUUUACUGCGUGAGAGCAUAUUCCAACGUUGGUCCAAUGUAUACUGCAUCAAAAUCGGUUGAACUGACCACUGAACCAAUCAAAGAUAGCGUGUAUGAUUUCGAUGUAAUGAGGAAUUCAUGGAUACAAAUUGAAAAGUUGCUUGCAAGCUACAAUCUCGGAAGUCAGUUGGCCUUCCUUCAUGAUGAGGAAGUAACAUUUGGACAAUCAAACUCAACAAUGGUCGGAGCCAUCUGUUACGGCAAUGCAAGACCAAUUAACUGGGAAAGUCGUUAUAGACCGAGAUGAAAGACCUAUUGUGUAUGUUACCUCCGAUUUGUUUACUGCGAAUGUUCAUGGAUUUGAAGAUAUUCACAGCGGCAUCAAGAACUUUGAAAUCAGCAUCGGUUCCAAAUCUGACAUUGAAGAUAUUGCACGAAAAAUCGUAUUUCGAAACGAAAUUGUCAAUAUUGACGGAACUGGUCUGUUAAUUGAUGGUCAUGUAUACUUUCUUUUUGCUAAAGCUGUCAAUAGAGCCGGAUUACAAUCUGUAGCAGCAGUUGCGAAUUUUGUCGUGGAUCGAACUCCACCCGAAGGCGGAUACGUGUUUGAUGGCUACUGGAAUCAGUCAAUUGACCUCGACUUCCAAAUAAAUAUUCACCGGAUCGUUUGUCAUUGGACGGGAUUUAUUGACAGUGAAUCGGGAAUAAGUCAUUUCAUGGUUGGUCUAGGGUCAAAUCCUGGAGAAGACGAUAUCGAACCGAUGUUACCUGUUGGUCUGCAAAACGACUACACUUGGAAUUUGUCCUUUAGCGCUGGUAAAAUAUAUUUCUGUUGUGUAUCGGUUUGUAAUAAGGCUGGACUCUGCAUAUCAAAAUCGUCCGAUGGAAUACUGCUUGAUAAUUCGCCACCUAUUGCUGGCGUUGUUAGAGUCGGCUCGUUUGAAAAUCACUUGCACUUUCAAUCGCAAAGCACAAAUGCCAUAUUUUGGGCAGGAUUUGAAGAUCCACAAUCAGAUCAAGAAUCUGGUAUUGGCAAACUGAUCCUGACAAUAUGGGCUCAGAACUUUGCAGGUCUGAAUAGUUCUGCAGCUAAAGUUACUGCAAUCGCCACAUCAGAAACUCCGACAAAAAACAUUUCUGACCAGAUGGGUGUCUUGAGCAUUGAGAAACAUUCCUGCGAUAUCCAUUAUUGCGACUCAACCUGUACGUGUGGACUGUUUAAUAAACCAUGCACAGAUGCAGUGAAUUACAAAUGUGUGUCUAACAAUUCUAUUGACACAAAUACCCAUGUUUCAUUCAUCAGUGAAAAUGACAUAAUUGAUUCUUCAGCCUGCUUAGCUUGUCAAUGGAACUUUACAGACAUUAACCCGAAGCCGUUCAUAAAGCGAUUUGAGUGGUCUGUUGGGGAAACAGAUUCUGAAAUCGGAUAUGGCAUAUUUGAUUUGAAGCUAGAAAAGCCAUGGUUAGAUGUCGGAUUAAAUACAAGAGAUGUGUAUUGCCUUCCGACUGGAAAAAGUCUUGUUCACGGCGAACAUUAUACAGCUUAUGUAAAGGCAUGGUUUGAGAGUGACACAUACCAGAUUUAUUCGUCUACCCCUAUUAUUGUUGACCAAACAGAACCUUCAGUGAAGAAACUUCACUUCGUGAAGGAUUCGACAUCUGACUGUGCCAAAGACCUGGACUACAUCGAUUGGACAAAUACAAUAGCCGCCUGUUGGGACGAUGUUUUCCAAGAACCACAAGGGCAUAUUAUAGGAUAUUAUGUAUCUCUUGGUACCGUUAUGAAUGGUAAUGCAAAUUUCUGUUUGAAAUGACCUCCUGUGUUUUUUUAUAUAUGCUUGUGUGCCUAUGGUCAUUUAUAUGAA